CUUACAGGGUUAUUCAUAAACCCAGAGAAGGCAGACUGCUGGGUUAUACCACUGGAGAUGUGGUUGAAUUACCCAGAAUCCAGGAUUUUUCCUGCUGGAAACUUAAACAGCAGCUGGUGGUUAACCUCCUUCUAGCUACCAAACAUUACAGCAGAUGGUUCAGGUGCUUCUGUCUGAAGCAUCCCUCUCAUUCACCUGAACAGCUGUCUGUGAGCCUGGGUUAAAUUUGCCUGCAAACACCUGCUGCUUCUCCGAACUGGUACUGAAGUUUGGGUUCUACCUCAGGAGAAGGCGGAGCAGCUAGUUCGAACAACCUGCUGCCAGGAUCUGACCUGGAUAAACAGGAAGGUUUGCAGUAAUUGCAAACUGCAGGUGUAUGGGGGUCUGUUUCUCUCAGUCGGGGGCAUCUGUUCAGAUGGACCAACCAGCAGAUACAGACCUUUGUUGACUGUAAACAUGUUGCUGUUCACCUGCAGCCUGUCAGUCAGUGCUUAGGGAACUACACAGUCCACAGGAAGGAGCUUUAACCUUCACAGGUAGAUUCUACAGACUGACCCAGUCUGAUUUUUAAGGACAGCACAGCGACUCACCUGUGCAGGUCUGUUCCAGGUGAGCUGUGAUUGGCUGGCAAUGGACCAAUCUCUGAAGGGUCAUGUGAGCGUGCUCACCUGCUUCCCGUCUUCUGUGGGUAGAGAUGUUGCUGUUGCUGUGGUGAAGCCCCUGGCUGCAGGCCUUGGAAACCCGGGCACCCACAGCCUUCUGCGUACUGACCGACAGGUGAAAUGGACCAUGGAGGUCCUGUGUUAUGGUCUCACUCUGCCACUGGACAGAGACAUUGUCAGACUCUGUGUUGAUGUUUACACUGAUUGGAUGAUGGCGCUAGUAUCCCAGAGAAGCUCCACCCCUCCACCGAUUAGCAGAGACCCCAACCUGUACGUCCAGAAGAUCCUUCGACAUCUCCAUGUGCUUUUCCUGCCCAGGUCAGACCAGGUUGGUCCGGUCUACCUGUCGUUGUGUAAGCAGGUGCUUUGUUCUGUUCAGUCUCUGGCUAGAGAGAGUUCACUGAUGAGCAAAGAGACCUGGGAGACUCUGUUACACUUUCUGCUGCGCAUCAACCACGCCAUGCUGGCUCCGCCUACUUCUGCAGGAAGCGUGUCGGAUCAGUCCAUGGCGGUUCUCCUGGAGGUGUGGCUGCUGGCAUGUUCUCGGUGUUUCCCAUCCCGCUCUUUGUGGACAGCAUGCAGACAGAUGGUUAGCAGCUGCAGACACCAGCCUGCAGUGGUGGAGCAGUGGAGUAGAGCUGUUGCAGCUCUGACCUCCAGGCUCCUUCCUCAGAUAUAUGGACCCUCCUUCCCUCUCUUCCAUGUUCCAGAGGAAGAUGCAGCUCUGGUUCCUACAGACAUGGAGGAUAAGCAUCUCUCUCAUACCUGGUUUCAGUUCCUGCACAUGUUCAGUAAUCCUGUGGACCUCAUUUCCCCUUCAGCCACUUCCUCUAUGUCCUCCUCCCAGGAUGAGGCGUCUGAGAAGGGAGACCAUCAACUACCAGGAAUCUUCUUUAGAGCCAUGAGACUAGUCGCUGAGCUAGUCAACGCCUUCCUCGGUGUGACUAUUAGGAGCUCAGAGGAAGCGGAUCAUCUGCUGUCAAACAGAGGACUCACUCCAAGAAGUAAUUUCAGAGACAGACUACCUUCAAUUGGUCUCUCUGUAAGCAGAAGUCCAUUCAGAGACCGCCUCCCUCCGUAUGGCUUCUCUCGGCCUCGUUCUGGAAGCGCCCCACCCAUUCCAAUCAACUUUGUUAGUGCACCGGAAGCCCCGCCCUCUAAAGGUUUCUCACCACCACGCAAACGACCAUUGAGGGCAGAACAUGUCUCCAAAUCUUCCCUGACAUCUACACUCCCCCACCAGAGGAAGGCUUCCUCUCUUCUCCCCCCUCCCUGUCCACCUCUGUGCUGCCCCCCUAGACCCUCAGCUCACCCCCUCAGGUGUAACGUGGACUCCCUCCUGCACCUGUUUGGCUCCUGGCUGUUUGAUGCUGCUUUGAUGACCCAGCUGUCCGGUAAACAGACCGAUGUCACCGUGAUGUCAGAGCGAUGGGCAGCAGGGAGGGCAGAGGCCUCCGGGACGCUCUGCAGAAUUUUCUCCUGCAAGAAGACAGCAGAAAACAUUGAUCCCACCUUUUUAUCAAGGUUCUACCUGGUUCUGAUGCAGAGCCUUCAGGAGGCGUGUCCUUCUGUUCUGGUCUCUCUCCUGCUAAACUCCACCAGUCUGUUUUGCUGCAACCUGAAUGGGGUCAACCUGCUGCUUCCAUCCUUCCUGUCCACCCUGGAGGCGGUGCUGCUUGACAGAGAUCUGGUUCAGUUCAAGGGUCUUAUCAGUCCCGUGGAUUUGAGACGCUCCUCUAUUCUCAUCCUGCUCUCUCUGAUGCCCCUCCCUUUGCAGCUUGGAUCUGUCCAAUUACAGGACUCUUCACUCAUGAUGGUUACCUCUGAAGCGAAAACAAGUAACUUCCUAUCUUAUAAGCCCUGCCUCCUAAGCCUACUGAUUGGGGCUUUGCAGACAGAGACAGACACGUGGAACAUACAGCUCCUUCUUGCCUCAGCGUUGAAUGCUGUCCAUGACUUGGCUGCAGCAGAGGCUCCUCCCACCUCAUCUGAAUCUGCUCUGGAAGCUGAUGCCCAGUAUCGCCUUACCAGUGGAACCAAUAGGACCAGGCCAAUAACUGCCAAAUCAGAAGCAGCAGUCCUUUGGGUCCAUGUUGUACGCCUACUGACUCAGCGUCUGACGUCUCAGUGGAGAAAUGACUCAGCAGUUUGUCUGUCUGUACUGGAAAUACUGGGAGGUCUGGCCAAGGUGGAGGUCCAGGUAGAGGACUCAGAGAGGCGCCGUGCCAUCAGUUCCGUCUGCACCUACAUUGUGUUCCAGUGUAGUCGUCCUCCUCCGCUUCACUCCAGAGAGCUUCACUCCAUCAUCGUCGCUGCUUUCUGGUGUCUGAACAUCUGGCUAAACCAGCACCCUUUUCUGUUGCAUCAGCAGGAGUGUCUGUUGGAGGUUCUGGAAAUAGUUGAGUUGGGAAUCUCAGGCAACAAGUCCAGACAGGACCAGAAAGUGGCAUGGAAGGAGGAUAAAGAGCUGAACCCGGCCUCUCUGAGGGUAAAAGAGGCAGCUGAGGCAACUUUAAGCUGUAUCAUGCAGGUUUCAGGAGCAUGCACGUGUCUCGAUGGGUCUCUUAGAGAGGACACUCUGACACUGAGUGAAAGCACCCUGAAGAAGUCCAAAUAUUUUGUGCUGGAAGGUUCCGUAAUCCUGUCCACAUUGGAGCCAAAACCAGGACCAGAUCAAGAUGCAAGUCCGUCCCUGCUGGUCGUCUUUAGAGGACCAUCAGGACAUCACAGCUGGUCUCUACAGCUCCACCUGCUGCCCAGAGAUGAACGAUCCACACAGACACAGAGAACACCGAUCCCAGAACAACGAACUGAAACUGCAGAGGAUGUUGAAAAGCAAUGUUCCAUAAACCAUCAGUUGGCUCCUGAAAUCAUGGAGAGAAUUGCUUCAGUGAGAGCAGAUGAGAGCAUCCCUGCACUGACCAACUCUGGAACCUCUGAGGUGCAGCAGCAGUUGGAGAAUCUACGAGCAACCUUGAAAACUCAGCAGCUUAUUGAAUCUCUGCCUCAGCUGAGCACCCAUUCAGUCGCUACGGUACCUUGCAGACCACCACCUCCAAUUAACUGCUUCCAGCUGACAAGACUCUUCUUAUCCCAUCUGGGAUUGCUGACUCCCGAGAGUGUGAAGGACCCAGGUAUCAACAGCGUCCAGCCAGCUCUCUUGUCUUUGGACUCAUCACUUCCAGGUUUCUCAGAGAACCUGAGACAUUUGGAUCAGCUUCCAUCCAGAAACACUGAUUGUGCAUUUGUCUUCUACAUGAGAGCCGGACAGAGGAAACCCAGAGAGAUCUUAGAGAAUGUUGAGAAGCAGGCAAGUGUCAGCAGUCAUUUCUUGGACUUCUUGUCUUCUCUUGGUUGGCCGGAAGAGGUGGGACAGAUGUGGGUUGCCAGGGCCAGUCAUUCAGAAUUCUCGGCUGUUUUGGGUGACAGUGGAGGCGCAGUGUUUGAUGGAAGGAGGUUUGUCCUAAAGUUUGGAGACGCUUUGUCACAGAUUACCUUCAUCGUUCCUUCAUUACACACCUACACUGACUGGCUGAAGCGUUCUGAGGAGGUGAGGCAAGCUAGUGUUUCAUCAUCGAAUCAGAGACGAGCUGAGACCCGUCCGUUAGAAGACAUCAGAUGCUGUCAUGGUGUCUCAUCAUUUUUCAGCUCUGAUUCAAAGCUGAUGAUUGUUUGGGUUGAACGCUUCGAGGACAUUGAGAAGUUUCCUCUGACUGAUCUGCUGUUAGAAACGAAAGCGCAGACAGAGGCAAGUGUCGCUAACAUCCAGCUGAUCUUCAUCCAUCCUCUGAAAACGGGACUCUACAGGAUAUCUUUUCAUGGAAACACCAACAAGCUGGGACUGGUCGUCCCGUUAGUGAAUGGGAUGGUAACCACCAGAAAAUCUCUGGGGUUCCUGGUCACAGAGAUGGUCUCUAACUGCUCACAUCGUCGCCGCUUGGAGAGUGACUCCGCCUCUCUGCCUCACAUUAGAAGGAAACACCUGAUCAAUGAGAUCAUCCUUUGCUAUAAGAGUCACUGCUCUGAACCGGCCUUCUACUCCACCAUUUUUCAUCUUUGAUUUGUUGCCGUAGUAACCAGAUGUAUAAUUUACAGGAAACUGGAUCAGAAUGAGAAGCUCCAAACCAACCACUCUGAGAGCAGAGAGUUAAAAGGAAAAUAGAAAAAACGAAUCUUAAUCUCAAAUGAUAAACUGACUCUAUAUCCUAGAACCAACCAGAACUUCUUCUUUAGGUAUUAUUUAUACCUUUGAUGAACCAGAGAGGCUUCUGGUUAGAGCUUCUAUUUCUCCAGGUGGGAUGAAGGUGAUUGAUCCAGAAGUCAGAGCAAUAAAACCUUUUCAUUUCACUCAUACUGUAACCAGUGAAAAAAGUCCAGCAUUAAGUUCUGAUUUAUCAACUGACUGUUUGUUUGAUGAUGAACGUUGUUUAAUAAGUAUAUUACUGACUUUGACAAAUGAAAAAAGCACAGUGCCAGUUUAUAAUAGGACAUACUAACUUUUCCUAAACACUCUGUUCAUUUCAUUCUGCUAAUUUCUUCUGGUUUAUUCAGAAGAUCAGAUGUUCCUUGAAUUUUUGGAGUCCUUCUGGAUUUCAGUUUGGUGUUUAGUCUUUCCAUUCAGUACAAAGACAUGUUAUCAUCUCCUAUUGUUCUAUAAAUGAUUUUGAUGCUUAUUUAAUUUUUGACUCUUCUUGUUCCUGAAA